CAUGUGAAGCUUUGACCAGCCUCUCUCCAGCCGUGCUCUUCAAGGAAAUCUUAUCUCUCUCUCUCUUCCUCUUUUCUUUGGUUUUGAUGAUGACAUUCAAUGUCUUGGCAAAUUGGCAAUUCCCCACCCACCCUUACAUAUAUAAAAUAUAUAUAUAUAUGUACAUGUAUUCUUGCUUUUUCGUCAUCCAAGGUUCUACAACUGCUUGCUCUGCAACUCCCUCCCACCUUCAUCCAAUCAUAAACUAAUUACACUACAGGUGGUACAUCAUUUUGGCUGCAAAUCUAGCACUUGAACGGAGUCUACAGGAUGAGCUCCGGUGGUAAAGGAAAGGAAAAGGACGAGCCCUCUAACUCCACCACCACCACCGACGGCGCUGAUGGUGAUGGUGAUGGUUUACAACCUGAACAAGAAUCCCGAUCAAACAGGAAAAAAGAAAAAGAGACCCCCAAUGCCAAUAGUGUCCCAUUCUACAAGCUGUUUGCUUUUGCUGAUUCCACUGAUUACAUGCUGAUGAUCGCUGGUACCAUAGGCGCCAUCGGUAAUGGAGCUUGCAUGCCCCUCAUGACUAUUCUUUUCGGCGACCUUAUAGAUUCUUUUGGUGAGAACCAGAAUAACGACGAUGUCGUCCGUGUUGUUUCCAAGGUAUCGCUGAAAUUUGUUUACCUGGCUAUUGGGGCUGGUUUGGCAGCCUUCUUCCAGGUGUCAAUGUGGAUGGUAACGGGAGAAAGACAGGCUGCAAGAAUAAGGAAUCUGUAUCUAAAAACCAUAUUGAGACAAGAUGUGUCCUUCUUUGACAAGGAAACAAACACAGGGGAGGUUGUUGGCAGGAUGUCUGGGGAUACCGUCCUCAUACAAGAUGCCAUGGGGGAAAAGGUUGGAAAAUUCACUCAGCUACUGGCAACAUUUGUGGGAGGUUUUGUGAUAGCAUUUGUGAAGGGAUGGCUUCUUACGCUUGUCAUGUUAACCUCGAUUCCUCCAUUGGUGAUUUCUGGUGGAAUGAUGUCACUACUUAUAUCCAAGAUGGCAUCACGGGGACAAACCGCUUAUGCUAAAGCAGCCAAUGUAGUCGAACAGACAAUCGGCUCAAUCAGGACGGUUGCUUCGUUCACCGGGGAGAAAAAAGCUGUUGCGGAUUACAAUAAAUCGCUUGUAGAUGCUUACAAGUCUGGUGUGAAUGAAGGCCUGGCUGCUGGGCUUGGUUUUGGAACGAUGAUGUUGAUCGUGUUCUGUAGUUAUGCCUUGGCUGUUUGGUAUGGUGCAAAGAUGAUACUGGAAAAAGGCUACACCGGGGGGGAUGUGGUCAACGUAAUUUUUGCAGUGCUCACCGGAUCCAUGUCUCUUGGUCAGGCGUCUCCCUGUUUGAGUGCAUUUGCUGCUGGCCGAGCAGCAGCAUACAAGAUGUUUGAAACCAUAAACAGAAAGCCUGAAAUAGAUGCAUACGACACAAAAGGGAAAGUACUGAGUGAUAUCCGUGGUGAUGUGGAGUUAAAGGAUGUGUAUUUUAGUUAUCCUGCAAGACCAGAUGAGGAAAUAUUUAGUGGCUUCUCUCUUUUCAUCCCUAGUGGGACGACUGCAGCUUUGGUAGGAGAAAGUGGAAGUGGAAAGUCAACUGUGAUCAGCCUGAUUGAGAGAUUUUAUGAUCCUAAAGCAGGGGAAGUUCUCAUCGAUGAUAUUAAUCUCAAACAAUUCCAGCUGAAAUGGAUAAGGGAGAAAAUUGGUCUUGUUAGCCAAGAACCGGUCCUGUUUGCAUCCAGCAUCAAGGAUAACAUCAUGUACGGGAAAGAUGGUGCGUCUAUGGAUGAGAUUAGAGUUGCGGUCGAGCUAGCAAAUGCUGCUAAAUUUAUCGAUAAACUACCUCAGGGCCUGGACACCAUGGUUGGUGAGCAUGGAACACAGCUUUCUGGUGGACAGAAGCAAAGAAUUGCCAUAGCCAGAGCAAUUCUUAAAGAUCCCAGAAUCCUACUCCUUGAUGAAGCAACAAGUGCACUGGAUGCAGAAUCUGAGAGAGUUGUGCAGGAGGCGUUGGACAGGAUUAUGGUGAAUAGGACAACCAUCAUUGUAGCACAUCGUCUAAGCACAGUAAGAAAUGCCGACAUGAUUGCAGUCAUUCAUAGGGGAAAGAUGGUUGAGAAAGGAUCACAUUUGGAGCUAGUCAAGGAUCCUGAAGGAGCAUACGCUCAACUUAUAAAACUGCAAGAAGUUAGUAGGGACUCAAGAAAGCAGCAGCUGGGGUCAGAGGACCCCCCAACCCCAAGUAGUGAUAAUAAAAGGUACCUGCGGUCGAUAAGCCGAGGAUCAUCAUCUAGCAUAGGAAACAGCAGCCGGCACUCGAUUUCCAACUCUUUUGGCAUGCCUACACAACUCGCUGUGGCUGCUGAAUCCAUGGAUGUUGAAGCUGCUUCAGACGAAGAAAAGGCAGCACCCAAAGUGCCACUCCGACGACUUGCCUAUCUCAACAAGCCAGAGAUACCGGUACUCAUAAUGGGUACCAUAGCUGCUAUCGUCAAUGGAGCAGUCCUCCCGGUUUUUGGCAUUCUGAUUUCCAGCAUGAUCAAGACAUUCUAUGAGCCCCCACAUAAAAUGAAAAAGGAUGCUCGAUUCUGGGCUCUAAUGUAUGUAGUCCUCGGGGUGGUAUCUUUUUUAGCUUAUCCUGGGAGAUCAUAUUUUUUCUCUAUUGCUGGUUCUAAGCUAAUAAGAAGGAUCAGAUCUCUAUGCUUUGAGAAGGUGAUACGGAUGGAAGUGGGUUGGUUUGAUAAGCCAGAAAACUCCAGCGGGGCAAUCGGUGCCAGGCUGUCGGCAGAUGCAGCCAGCCUUCGUGGUUUGGUCGGCGAUGCACUUGCUCAGCUUGUUCAGGAUUCAUCGUCUGCUGCUGCUGGUUUAGCCAUUGCAUUUGUAGCAUGCUGGCAGUUGGCUCUCAUCAUGCUUGCUCUCAUCCCUCUCAUAGGACUCAAUGGAUUUGUUCAGGUGAAAUUCAUGAAAGGCUUCAGUGCGGAUGCUAAGAUGAUGUAUGAGGAAGCAAGCCAGGUGGCAAACGAUGCGGUUGGGAGCAUAAGGACGGUCGCGUCUUUUUGCGCAGAAGAGAAAGUAAUGCAACUUUACAGAAAUAAAUGCGAGGGUCCCAAGAAAGCGGGGAUACAGCAAGGUUUGAUCAGCGGGAUUGGGUUUGGAGUGUCAUUUUUCUUGCUUUUCUGUGUGUAUGCAGCAAGCUUUUAUGCUGGGGCUCGGCUUGUUGAGGCUGGAAAGACCACCUUCUCAGAUGUUUUCAGGGUAUUCUUUGCUCUCACGAUGGCAGCCAUAGCAGUGUCCCAGUCAAGCUCAUUUGCCCCAGAUACAAGCAAAGCCAAGACUUCUGCUGUCUCUGUGUUUGCCAUUCUAGACCGCAAGUCAGAGAUAGACCCAAGUGAUGAAUCCGGAACGACAUUGGAUAAUGUCAAGGGGGAAAUCGAGCUUCGUCACAUCAGCUUCAAGUAUCCCACCAGACCUGAUGUUCAGAUAUUCCGUGAUCUAUGCUUAACCAUCCACAGUGGCAAGACAGUGGCAUUGGUUGGAGAGAGUGGAAGUGGGAAAUCAACAGUGAUCUCGCUGUUGCAAAGAUUUUAUAAUCCAGACUCUGGCAGUAUCACGCUGGAUGGGAUCGAGAUACAAAAGUUUCAACUCAAGUGGCUGAGGCUGCAGAUGGGUCUGGUGAGCCAAGAGCCAAUCUUGUUCAAUGACACCAUCCGAUCCAACAUUGCUUAUGGAAAAGAUGGUGAUGCCACAGAGUCUGAAAUAAUAGCUGCUUCCGAGUUGGCAAAUGCCCACAAGUUCAUCAGCAGCUUACACCAGGGCUAUGACACGGUGGUAGGGGAAAGAGGGGUGCAGAUGUCGGGUGGGCAGAAGCAGAGAGUGGCGAUUGCAAGGGCUAUUGUGAAAAGUCCAAAGAUACUAUUGUUGGAUGAGGCUACAAGUGCACUGGAUGCAGAGUCAGAAAGGGUGGUUCAAGAUGCGUUGGACAGAGUGAUGGUCAACAGGACCACAGUUGUGGUUGCUCAUAGGUUGUCCACCAUCAAGGGAGCUGAUGUCAUUGCGGUGGUCAAGAAUGGAGUCAUUGUUGAGAAAGGGAAGCAUGAAAAACUAAUUAAUAUCAAGGAUGGAUUCUAUGCAUCUUUAGUUGCUCUUCACAUGACCGCUUCCACUUAAAUUUAUAUUUUGAGCUAUUAACCAAUUGAAUUAAAUUGUAUUCCAUUUUGUUUUCUGUAAUAUCCAAAUAUGAAGUUUGUAAAGUUUUGAAGAAAAUAGAAUGAACAACUGCUUUGUUGAAAA